AUGUCUCUGGUUACCUGUUAUUUUCCCUCCGUCUUUUUGCCUUUUUUGCCUUUCGUUUUCUUAUAUCUUACCAUCUUUUUCUUUUUUUCGUUCUUUCUAUCUUUCUUUUUUCUUUCUUUCUUUCUUUCUUUCUCUCUCUCUCUCUCUCUCUCUCUCUCUCUAUUCUUUCCUCCUACCUUUUUUAUCUAUUUCGAUUGUUCUUUCUUUCUUUCUUUCUUUCUUUCUUUCUUUCUCUCUUUCUUUAUAUCUGUUACUUUCUUUAUUUUACUUGAUUGUUCUCCCUUAAAUAAUUGCCAAUAUUUGUGUUUUACACUGGGUCCUCUUUCUUUCUCUCUUUCUUUAUUUCUCUCUCUCUUUCUUUCUUUCUUUCUUUCUUUAUAUCUGUUACACGUUCCUUUCUUCUUCUUGUCCAUCUUUCAUUUUCCUUUUUCUUUCUUUCUUUCUUUCUUUCUUUCUUCCUUUCUUUCUUUCUUUCUUUCUUUCUUUCUUUCUUUCUUUCUUUCUAUAUUUAUUUAUUUAUACCUACGUAAAUCUUUCUUUUUUUUAAUUCCGUAUUGUUUUUCUUUAUUUCUUUCUUUCUACUUACCCUCCUAUCUAUUCUUGUCCCAGUCAUACAGAGAUUUCUAA